CCUCGCGCCCGAGUGGCGGAGUGGAAAGGACGCGGAAGGGCGGCAUUUGGGAAAGCAAGAAUUUGAAGGGCAUCCCCCAGCCGGGCCGAUGUAGCCCGCGUCACCGGCUGCCGCCCAGCUCACCGCAUCGUAUUUCAGAUGCCACUCUCCGCCAUGCCGAUCAUGGCGCCUCUCCCCAUGGCGUCACCGCCUGCGCAUGAUCUCCCCCGCAGACUCGGGCCUCUCGCCACCGACUCCUCGGUCUCUUCAUCGCAAGCAACACUCAAUCCCGAUAGCGAGAGCAACCGCGAUCACGAAAGCGAGGUGUCGUCCUAUACCCUCGACGACGCCGACGACGAGGAUCAGGGCCUUGACGAGCCAGACGAUGACCAGGAGGAAGGGGAAGACGACGAGGGCACGGAUGAUGACGAUGUCGACAUCGCGCUCCAUUCAGCUGGUCAACACGCCUGUCCCAUCCAUUCCCAACAGUUUUCUCUUGGAGAGCCCGCCACCUAUCAAGAUCAUCUGGAUCCCUACGAUUCAGACAGCCUGGACAUGUCGGAUGACGCCGGCGCGCCACUGGUGGACUAUGUGGUCAACCAGCUCUUUGCCGACGGGGUCCCGGACACCGAUGAUUCGAUAGGGUCAGACAGCGACGCCGAGCUUCCCUGGGCUGCGGAUGGCAGCAGCAACCCGGAGUCUGAUAUCGCAGCCGAUCCAGCCGUGACACCCGAAGCGCAGACCGCAACCAUUGGCGCCCAUGCACAGGCCGCAACGUUUAUGGCCACAGCACCGUUCGCCGCCCUCGCUUGGGAUCCGCUUCCUCCGGGACUCGCUUGGACACACCCGUUCUCCCUCUCAAACCCGAACCCUGCGACGAUCGGAUCGUCCAACCCCGGCCUGGUUGACUUCCUCCACCACUGGGCGCGCCAGAGCCGGAUUUUGCACGGCACGGCUCGAGGGAGUUGUCCCUGGCCUGCUAGGGUCAACAGGCUCCUGUCCUUCGAGGACAAGUCAAUUGAAUAUGACGACCUGGAGGGGGAUCAGUGUGAUUUCCAGGGAAUUGACUGGGAAGACAUAGGGGUUACAAGACGAGACGCCAGGGAGCGCCGGCUAUUGACAUACAGCAACUAUAUGAACAUUCCUGGCUCGGACAGGUGGACGCCCGAUCUCCCGGACGUUGCUCUUCCGCGCAGGGACAGUUUCUUCAGAUUUCGGCGUAUGGACAUCAGGUGGAACGUUCACCUGUCGCAUUUCCAGCUGCGCAACGUGCUUGCGAGCACCUCGCGUUCGCGCGUAUUCUACCCCGCUAUUGGUUCCGUCCAGCAGUUCAACCCCAUGUCCGGCCACGGUCGACCCGUCAUGGAGCUGAGCGACGCCCCUCACUCCCAAGUCUCGACCUUGGCCGCUGGCCACGGUGUUCUGGUUGCGGGCGGUUUUAGUGGCCAGUAUCUGCUUCGCCACUUGGACUCGGGCGAGCCAGACAACACAGCCUGCCACGAAGGUGUCAUCACAAACAGCGUCAGUGGCAUCACGAACCACGUGGCUGUUUAUCAGGCCCGAACAUCGACGACUCCCCUGGCGGCCUUUGCGUCCAACGAUAAUUGCUUCCGUGUCCUGGAUCUCGCCGCCGAGACCUGGCUGUCUGAAGAAGUGCAUGAAUUCGCCCCGAAUUGCACUGCUUUGUCACCGGACGGACGGCUACGCGUCAUGGUGGGCGACAGCCUCGAUGUAAUCAUCACGGCCGCCGAGUCGACCUUUCCAAAAGGCCAGCCAGAUAUUUUACAGAGGUUAUCCGGACACCGGGACUACGGCUUUGCCUGUGACUGGGCUGACGAUGGGUGGACCAUUGCCACGGCGUUCCAGGACAAGACGGUCAAGAUAUGGGAUGCUCGCCGGUUCACUGACAGCGCAGGAAACGCAGUCUCUGUCUGUACGAUACGAAGCGAGAUGGCGGGCGUGCGGAGUCUGCGCUUCUCGCCCAUCGGCAGCGGCAAGCGGGUUCUUGUCGCCGCCGAGGAGGCCGACUUCAUCAACAUCAUCGAUGCUCAGACCUUCCGAUCCAAGCAGACGGUCGACGUGUUCAGUGAGCUCGGGGGUAUUUCCUUCGAGAAUGGUGGUCAAGAUCUUCUGGUGCUUUGCUGCGACCGCGCGCGUGGAGGCAUCUUGCAGCUGGAAAGGUGCGGCCAAGGAGACGAAUGCUCACGGAACUCGGACUGCGAGGACAAACAAGACUGGCCGCAGUCGGUGUUCACCGAGGAGAGGCAGUCCAGAAAAAGCCGGUAUCGAAUGCGCGGGAAAGCUGCUGCUCACGUCGAUCUGGACCCGUUUUGAGGAUGCUGGGGAGCGUUGGAUACGAGCAACAGCAUAUGAGUUCACCACCAGCAACCCAUCCAACGCGACGGAAAGCAUCAGGAAAAGACAUUAGCCAAGAAGUCUUUGAAGCAUCGAAGGGCUCGACACACAACAUCAUCGAUCUGGCGCACAAGAUGAUGGAGCCCAAUACUGCGAGCACAUCGAUCUCUUUUCCAUGAUGAUGCGAGGCCACGAUGCCCGAAGCUCAUUGUCGGAGCCGCGAUCUCCCGAAGGCUUCGUCUUUCUUCAGCCCAGCAUCACAGAAAGACCCCGCCGGACAGAAUGAAAAGGGGGGGCUUGGGUGG